AUGCGUUUCACUGCCGCCACUGUUGCCUUCUUCGCCGGCCUUGCCGUUGCCGCCCCCGGUGCUGCUGACCAGACCGUCUACGAGACUGACGAGGUUACCAUCACCUCCUGCGCUCCCACUGUCACCGACUGCCCCGGCCGCACCAGCGCUGAGGCCACUGGCACCCCCGCCAUCACCACCAGCGCCCCUGCUGUCCCUACCAGCAGCGCCCCCGCUGUCAGCGCUGAGUCUUCCGAGACCCCCGCCUGGUCCUCCGAGACCCCCGUCUGGUCCUCCGAGACCCCCGCCUGGACUGCUCCCGCUUCCAGCGCUGCUCCCUCCGGUGCCUCCUCCGGUGUUCCCCCCGUUGCUCCCUCCAUGAGCACCGGUGUUUCCCCCGUCACCACCGGCGGUACCCCUCGGUUGUUGCCAUCACUACUUGCAUCCCCACCGUCAUCUACUCCACUGUUACCCCCUCCGCCACCGCCCCCGGUGCUGGCAACGGCGGUAACGGCGGUGUCCCUCACCCCUCCGGUGCCAAGGGUCCCUCCGGUGUUUCUCCCUCCGGUGUCUCCCCCUCCGGCACUGCCUCUGCCACCCCCGCCGCCUCCUCCCCCGCCUUCAACGGUGCCGGUGCUCUCUCUGGCUCCGUCGGCUUCGCUGGCUUCGCCGCCAUCGCUGCCUUCGUUCUGGCUUAAAUGA